CAAAGAUGCUUGGAAAGUACAUUUGUUUUACUUUGUUUCUACCCCGCGUGUCUGUAUCGACUUUCGAUUCCAGACAAUUAAGAUUUCUGCUCACAAGUGACUGACUGGUGACAGUGACAAAAGAAAAGGUAUAUUAAGAGCAUCCAAAAAUGAAUUGUUUUCAUUUAGAUGACUUCCUUGCAGGGUGGAUUGGAGGAGCUUCCAGUGUUAUUGUGGGUCAUCCUCUGGACACAGUCAAGACUCGUUUACAAGCUGGGAAAGGAUACAAGAACACCCUUCACUGUGUCCUCCAAAUCUACAGAAAGGAAACGAUUGCUGGCUUCUUCAAGGGUCUCUCCUUUCCGCUGGCCAGCAUCACUGUGUAUAACUCAGUGGUGUUUGGAUUCUUCAACAACACACAGAGGGUUAUAAGCAAGUUCCGCCAUGGUGACGAGAGACGGUCGUGUGGUAUGCUGGACAUGACCCUGGCCAGCAUGUUGACAGGGCUGAUGUCAGUGGGACUCGGAGCGCCGGUCGACUUAGUUAAGAUCAGACUGCAGAUGCAGACUCUGCCCUGUCUAUCAGAGAACCUGAACCUCGCCGGGACGACCGGAAACGUGAAUGGUAACAUCGCCGUGCGCUCCGUGACUCUCCAGGGCCAGCCGACCUACAGAGGGCCCAUCCACUGCAUCAGCUCCAUACUGCGGACUGAGGGGAUCCGGGGGCUUUACAGAGGGGCCGGGGCCAUGGUCCUGAGAGACGUUCCUGGGUACACGCUGUACUUCAUCCCCUACGCGUUGUUCCGUCGCUGGCUAUCCCCUGAAGGGAGGUCAUCACCUCAUCCCUGUACUGUAUGGGUGUCUGGAGGACUGGCAGGUUCUAUCUCGUGGGUCACGGCUACUCCAGCAGACGUGGUGAAGAGCAGACUACAGGCUGACGCUCUCCACGCAAGGAAAUAUAGAGGGAUUGUCCACUGCGUCGUUCAGAGCUACCAGACCGAGGGGAUACAUGUCUUUUUCCGCGGAGCCUCCGUGAACGCUAUCCGAGGCUUCCCAAUGAGUGCCACCAUGUUUCUGGGCUACGAACUCUCUCUGCAGUUCUUCAGGGCUCUCUAGUAUCUACACAAGGAAUAUAAUGAAACAUUAUCUUGACAGUUAUUCUCUUGUCCUAGGACACUCCAAAUGGUUUCCUCAGGAAGAUCAUUUGAAUCCUUGCAGAAUGAAAGUAGGGAGUGUCUUGACUUGAGAAUUGUUCUAGUUGAGAAUUAUCUGCGCUACUGCCAUAAUACAAUCUAUUUAUAAAGUGUAAAUACUAAUUUCUUAUAUUAAGAAAAUAUCUUAAAUUAAAGUGCCUUACAUUAAUUGACAAAUGUAUACAUUUAAAUAUGUUGUGCUACAGUAUACAGUAACAGUAUGCUUAAUAUAAAGCUGUACUAAAUAAAUUAACUCGUUUUAGGACCCAACAGUAAACCAGUUCUAACCUCCAUAAUGAUAUGCACAUGAAUCAUUAUAUUUUGUUGGUGCCAGGCUUUUAAUUAAACUCUUUAAACUUUGUGAUUUGUAAAUAAGUAUGAGAGAAAUUAAAUGUCAUUCCACAAGGAGGCAUAGUUUUGUACAUCAUUUUUUCUUAAAAGUUAUUUUAAAUGUGGGUUUUUGGGGGGGAAUUCUUGUUACGGACUGUUUCUGUACACUUUUACUUGGAAAAUCUAAUAAACAUAUUGUUUAAA